CGGAAGUUCUUCAGACUUAUCUAUGACUGUUACAUAAUGAACUUUUGAGAUCAAGAGAACUUUAAAUUUUCUGGUAGUCAAAAGUUGUCAAUGAGGACCUGGUGAGGUUUAUGAUACACUACAAGUCUCUGGAUUUGUCAAUAAAAAGAACGAGAUGAACUUUAUUGAUGAUGAUUUCUUAUUGGCACUUGAACUACAAGAACAAUUAGACCGAGACUCAUGGCAGCCCUCACAAUCAACAGCUAAACCUGGUGCUAACCUGUCUAUAGUGGAUGAGAGCUGGGAGACAAUUGACCCUAACCCUGACAUCAGGGAACUCUUCUUACAAUUUAAUGAAGAAUUCUUCUGGGGGAGAUUAGCAGGAAUAGAAGUGAAAUGGAGCCCAAGAAUGACCCUAUGUGCAGGACUUUGUUGUUAUGAAAGACGAGGAGGUUUAUGUUCUGUUCGACUCAGUUCACCAUUGUUAAAGUUACGACCUCGAAGAGAUCUGGUAGAAACACUACUUCACGAGAUGAUACAUGCCUACCUGUUUAUUACAGAUAAUAAUAAGGAUCAUGAUGGACAUGGGCCAGAAUUCCAUAAACACAUGUACAGGAUUAAUGAUGCCACAGGGACUAAAAUAUCAGUAUAUCAUAAUUUCCAUGACGAGGUGGACCAUUUCAGACAACAUUGGUGGAGAUGUAAUGGACCGUGUCAAACUAGAAAACCCUACUUUGGUUAUGUUAAGCGAGCCAUGAACCGUGCUCCAUCAGAGAGAGACCCCUGGUGGAAGGACCAUAAGAACAUGUGUAAUGGAACGUAUGAAAAGAUAAAGGAACCAGAAGGGUAUGGCAAAAAGAAGUCAAAAGAUAAAAGUGAAAACAAGGAGAAGAAGGAGACGAACAAGGCAAAAAAGGAGACAGAUUUGGGUAAAGCAGGAAAGAAGACAAAUCCUGAUAUCAGGUCAUUCCUUGGUAAAGGGCAAAGUUUACAAUCAGAAAGUUCACUGAAAAAGAUGGUUAUUAAUGGAGUCUUGACAACAGUUAAUAAAACUGGUAAACCAUCAACAUCAAAGCUAGAUAACUAUGAUAAUAAACCCAGUACUUCUAAGUCUUUUGUAAAGGACUCGCCUAAAAAAACUAUGUCUGUUGUAAAGGACUCGCCCAAAAAGACUGUCAAGACAAGUGUUAAUGCAAUCACAACCUCAGGGAAAAUAUCAGAUAAAGAAUUAUUACGCCAAAAAAAAUUUGCAGAAUUGAUGUUAUCUGACUCGGAUGAUGAUGAUCUUAUUCUUUGUGAUGGUCUGGAUACUAGUGAAAAACCUAGUGAAAGUGUCAGUACAGAAUCAAACUUGAAAUAUUACAAUACAGAUGUAAAACAGAAAAAUAAUCUGAACAAUUCUACAAGUGAAAAAAGUUUAGAUGAAAGCAAUUAUGAUUCAAAUUCUUCAGCAAAUAAGGAUCAUAACGAAAGUAUUAAAACAAGGGAUUUAAUGACUCGGGUGAAUUUCGGACAAAACAAUCAUGAUAGUGAUAAAACGUUACCAAAUUUAAAUCCUGACCCAAUAAGUCAUAGAACUUCUUCAGCUUCUUCAGGUGACAGUGAGGUAGCUUCUAAAGUGCGCAGUGUCUGGGCAAAUAAACAAUUUGGGUCAUCAUUGAAAAUAUUAGAUCCAAAAGCAGAUAGUACUUCAUUGAUACCUAAUAAAUCACAAAGUCAGGUUUUAGGAAACAGUCAAAAUAAAUCUCAAGGUCAUCCAUCAAAAAACAAUAAUUUUCAAGGUAAUUCAUCGGGGAAUGGAAAUAAUACAUCUCAAAGUUAUCUCUCAGGAAACGGACAAAGUAAAUCUAAAAGACAUUCAUCUGGAAAGAGAUUAUCAGGUGAUGAUAUGACAGGUAGCAGGAAGAAACAGAAAAUUGAUCAGGAAUCAAAAAUCGAUGACGCCUUUAGAAAAAUAAACAACAAACAAAAUGAGAAUAGUGACCCUAGUAAAGCUAACUGUCCUGUCUGUAAUCAAUCUGUACCCUCUGUUAAUAUAAACCAACAUUUAGACCAAUGUUUAGGAAUGAGCUAGUUUUCAUUUGAACAUUUGUGUUUCUACCUCUGGUACUAUAUAUUCACAUGAUUAAGGGUUAUUGUGUAAUUUUAUACAUCACUGGUCUAUGAGAUUGAUGAACACGGGACAAAAAUGCAAUAUAUGUUAAAUCUGAGUUCUGAUAAAGAUGGUACCUAACACUACAGGGAGAUAACUCUGUAAUAUUAGCUAAAUGUUUUAAUUACAUUGCCUUAUGAAGACAAUAUAAAGCUUCA